AUCUUUUUUCCAGCGUUGUUAUUCUUCUUCGAUAAGCAAAACCUAAAACAGGGGAUCGCGCUUUUGCCGUAGAUAGAACAGAACAAUGGCGGACGAAGUGGCUGAUUCUCGCGGCAGCAGUAACACUGCGGCGGUGCAAGCCACCAACGACGACGCUUCCGCCAGCAAAUUGUCAUGUGUAAAAAAGGGAUACAUGAAAGAUGAUUACAUUCAUUUGUUUGUGAGAAGGCCUGUGAGGAGGUCUCCAAUUAUUAAUCGCGGAUACUUUGCUCGUUGGGCCGCUAUUCGAAAACUUCUCUAUCAGUUUCUUGAUGCUGAGGAAAAGACAGGUGGAGAUGCUCCAACAAAGAAGCAGAUAUUAUCACUUGGAGCUGGCUUUGACACAACAUAUUUUCAAUUGCAGGAUGAGGGAAAAGCACCAUAUUUAUAUGUGGAAGUGGAUUUUAAGGAGGUAACUAGUAAAAAGGCAGCGCUUAUUGAGACUAACAGUCAGCUGAGGAAUAAACUUGGUGAAACAGCAGCCAUAUCAAGAGAGAAAGGAGAAGUGCUCAGUGCUCACUAUAAACUAGUCCCUGCAGAUUUGCGUGAUGUACAACAAUUAAAUGAUAUUAUAACACUUGCUGAUAUGGAUCCAAAUCUGCCAACUUUUAUAAUUGCAGAAUGUGUUCUGAUCUACUUGGAUCCAGAUUCAAGUCGUACAAUUGUUGGGUGGGCUUCCCAAACAUUUUCAACAGCAAUAUUUUUUCUUUAUGAACAGAUCCACCCAGAUGAUGCUUUUGGGCAGCAGAUGAUAAGGAAUUUGGAGUCUCGAGGUUGUGCUCUGUUGGCUAUUUAUGCUACACCUACUUUACUUGCAAAGGAAAAAUUAUUUCUGGACCAGGGAUGGAAGAAGUCUGUUGCAUGGGACAUGCUGAGAGUUUAUAAUGAUUUUAUUGAUGCUCAAGAAAGACGCAGGAUCGAGCGGCUGGAACUGUUCGAUGAAUUUGAAGAGUGGUACAUGAUGCAGGAGCACUACUGUGUAGCUUAUGCAAUCAAUGAUGCCAUGGGUCUUUUUGGGAAUUUCGGUUUUGUUAAUGACAAGAAUGUGCUUCCUUCACCAUGAGGCACAAGACGUUAGUCCUAUAUCAUAUAUUCAUUAUAUUUCUCUUCCCAGUUGCCAUAUAUGGGGCCUGUAACUGUUAAUACAGGAAGUACUCAUGGUGUCAAGUGCCAACUCACUCUGCUGGGGAUGUUGUCUGAUAAAAAGGUUCUCUUAGAAACUUGUUAGAUAUUGUAUCAGGAUUCAGCCAAAGGGAUGAUUAGUUUUGUUGUGUUUGGACUCCAUAUAUUGUUUGUUUUACACAAAGCAUUAGAUACUUUCCUUUUUGUGCUAGCUGUUUGGCAAAGAAAACAUGGGGCUCCCACACAGCACUAACUGAUAACUGAGAUAAGUAAUUGUGGGGAUAUGCCCAUGUGGAAGAUAUAAGAAAAUAGUAUGCAUUGUUUGUGCUUUUCAACA